GCAACGACGAUGAUUCGAGGGUGGACCAAAAGGGGAUAUGGCUCAGAUGUUGCAUCCUCUAAACUUCACCAGAUCAUCCCUGCAUUGUUGAACAUUGUGAGGGUUUAUAACGAAGUCAAAAGUUAAAGCAAAAUGGGCAUGCGACAGGUCAGUGAUCGCCACGUGGAAAUAGUGUCCACGCCGGCUUCCCAAAUACGACGUCGUUUUUACCCACUGCGGCGGACAUGACAAUAAAAAUGCUUCAGAAAAUUAUGUGCUCACACUACGCGCAUGGCGGUUGAAAGUGGAAACCCUUCCGAGUGAGGCUGAUUGAUUCCCGGUGCUUCUUUCCCUAUAAAUUGUGAGCUUAAACCCACCUUUUUUUCCUUCGUGUUGAAGGGACACUGGGCGAUAACAAUGGAAGGUCAUCACACUGAGCCGAGUGCUCUCCAGAAGCAUGUCAUGUUCUUCGAUCGAAACAAUGAUGGAGUGAUUUAUCCUUCGGAGACAUUUCAAGGUUUCCGAGCAAUUGGAUGUGGACUUGCGCUGUCCUCCGCAGCCGCUGCUUUCAUCAAUCUCGGCCUCAGUCGGAAAACCAGACCUGGGAAACCAUUUUCUUUUCACUUCCCAAUUGAGGUGGAGAACAUCCAACUGGGAAAGCACGGAAGUGAUUCUGACGUCUACGACAAAGAAGGAAGGUUCGUCCCAUCAAAAUUCGAGGAGAUUUUCGCCAAACAUGCAAAGACACAUCCACAGGCCUUAACUUCAGAUGAGCUGAAAAGUUUUCUGAAAUCUAACAGAGAACCAAAGGACUAUGCCGGAUGGCUGGCUGCUUUCACUGAGUGGAAGAUACUUUACAUCCUCUGCAAAGACAAAAAUGGAUUGCUGCACAAAGACACGGUGAGGGCUGUCUAUGACGGGAGCCUGUUUGAGCGAAUGGAGAAGGAACAUGCAUCUUCAAAGAAGCAGAACAAAACUACUUGUGAUGUUUGAUGAAGUGAUGAAGAUUGUACAGAAACCAUCUGCUGUUUGUUGUGUUACAUCAAUUCCUGAAAUUGUUAGUUCUGAAAUUGUGGCCGCCAUUUGCUGUCAGCUUCUGAUUAUACAUACAGACUUACAUUUGUAUAUCUGUAAAUUUCUGCACACACUCAUAUCAUAACCAGUUUAUGUAAUUCAAUGUGUGUUUGUUUGUAA